CGAGCUUCCUCACCUGUCUCACCUUACCUGUUCAAACAAACGGCUCCGUUUGAAACUCUACCCCAACCGAAUUCACCGAAUUCCACCAGGAAACCAACCGCAAAUGAUAGAAAAGAAAAGGUGGUCUAAACAAGGUAUUUGUUAGGCCUUUCUCCAAGCCAAUUUAGAAACAUGGAGCCGACGUAUCGCGGUCUAGGUCGCUGUUCCUGCGCCUUUUGGUUGGCAGUGUCCUUCGACAUAUUCGGGCUGCUUGUUCUUUUGAUCGGUGUUUUUGCGGACAUAUUCUUCUAUGACUUUUUAAUCUACGCCGGGGCCAUCAUCAUCUUCCUCAGCCUCGUCUGGUGGGUGUUCUGGUACACGGGCAACAUCGAGGUCCCCCCGGAGGAGCUGGAGGAUGACGUCGGGCUCUUGAAGAAGGAUCGGGGCAUCGCAGGUGCGGUGAGGCGGUUAUCCAGCCGUCUCUCCAACAGUGUCAGGAACUCUCUGCGGCGGAAUGGAGGCCCCCCCCGCGGGGUCGCGAGAAGGGCAGGGACUGGGCUGUCUACGUCGCACAUGAGGGAUGCCCAACAGCAACCGAAGCCCCCGCCUGUCGUAUUGACGAUGGGGCCGCUUGAUGAGGACAUGCACACGGUGUCUGCAUCCGUGGACACAGACAUACCUGUCCCGCACACAGCUACAGAGACCUCGGCCAUAUGAUGCGCAAUGCGCACAAGGAGGAACUCAAGACUGCAUUGACCCCAUUGAAGGAGAAGCUGCAGCUGUUCAAGAAGGCUAUGGUCGUCUGUGAUCAAACGGCAGAGCACAUCAAGAACCAGGUUGAGCAUACUGAAAGGCAGAUAAAGGAUGAGUUUGAAACCCUUCGCCAGUUCCUGAGAGAUGAGGAGGCAGCCAGAUUGAAUGCUCUGAAGGCAGAGGAGGAUCAGAAGAGUCUGCUUCUAAAGGAGAAGAUUGAGGAGAUGUCCAACGAACUGACGUCCCUCUCAAACACCAUCAGAACCGUAGAGCAAGAGAUGAGGUCUCAGGACAUCCCAUUCUUACAGAACUACAAGGAUAUCAUCAAGAGAACCUGGCAUAUGCCGCUGGAUCCAAAGAUGAUUCCUGGAACUCUGAUUGAUGUGGCAAAGCACCUGGGUUCUGUAAAGUUCAACAUCUGGGACAAGAUGAAGAGCAUCAUUCAAUAUACUCCUGUGACUCUGGACCCCAACACAGCCGCUAGCUGCUUCAUCCUGUCUGAGGAUCUGACUGUGGUCCAGUGCUGCUCCCAGGUCUUCAAGCUCCCAAACAACCCCGAGAGGUUUGACAUCAGUGCUGAGUUACUGGGCUCCGAGGGGUUCUGCUCUGGCCGCCACAGCUGGGAGGUAGAGGUAAAGGCUAACACAUACUGGGUGGUAGGCGUGGCCAGCGAGUCCAUCAACAGGAAGGGCAAGCACGUGCUGACGCCAGCCGAGGGCUUCUGGACUAUACGAUUCCGCAAUGGCGAGCACAAGGCGUGCACGGCACCGUGGGCGCCCUUGACCAUGAUGAGGAAGGAGCCACAGGUCAUCAGGGUGGUGUUGGACAUGGACAGGGGCAAGGUGACCUUCUUUGACCCCCGGGAGAGGACGCCCCUCUAUACGUUUACAGACCUCAUCUCACCCCGGGUGUUUCCUUACUUCUGCACUGCCUGUAAGGAACACCCACUGAGACUGCUGCCCGUCAGGCUGUCUGCUGCUGUGGUGCUCUAGAGGGCUCCAUGGGGGCUCAUUACUAACAAGCAGUGGAGGCUCAAUUACUUACAGAUCCAGUUGAGUUUACUACCUAGUCCAAGAUGAUGAAGGCUGAUCACUUGGGACAGUCUGGAAUAAAGCAUGUAAUGGUCUUAUGUUUGUGAGUAUUAUGUGUCUACAGAUGAUAUACACUGAGUAUACCAAACAUUAGGAACAACUUCCUAAUAUUGAGUUGCACCCCUUUUGUCCUCAGAACAGCCUCAAUUCGUCAGGGCAUGGACUCUACAGGGUGUCGAACGCAUUCCACACGGAUGCUGGCUCAUGUUGACUCCAAUGCUUCCCACAGCUCUGUCAGGUUGGCUGGAUAUCCUUUGGGUGAUGGAUCAUUCUUGAUAUACACAGGAAACUGUUUAGCGUGAAACACCCAGCAGCAGUUCUAAACACUCAAACCGGUGCCACUGGCACCUAAAACCAUACCCCAUUUAUAUUGCCCAUUCACUCUCUGAAUAGCACAUAUACACAAUUGUCUCAAAACAUAAAAGUCUUUCUUAAA